UGAUUCAGCCGUGAACAAUGUGUUUACACAGUGAGACUCUGCAGUCUAAAGUUCAGACCUUCAUCAGAUGGUGGUCAGAUUUAUUCCUUCGCAGCAAUCUGAGGUAUUCUGACGACGUAAACGAUGCACUGGAUGGAAAUGAAGAAAGACGAGCUAGAGAAGCAGUACUCACCCAGCAGGUGGUCCCACAGGAUGGCGGCAGACGACGUGAUUAAGGCCCACGUCAAGGCUCUGAAGGAAGGUACAGAGCGAGCCCGCAGUCUGGCUGAAACUUUAAUCAACGUUCCAUACGGAGAGGGAGAUGGAGAGAAACUGGACGUGUACAUCCCCAAGACCGCCUCUUUGGACGUCAACCUUGUUAUUUACAUCCACGGAGGCUACUGGCAGUUUCUCAGCAAAGAGGAGUCUGGAUUCAUGGCUGUCCCACUCGUUGAUAAGGACGUUGUUGUGGUUGCCGUUGGCUACGACAUUGCCCCCAAAGGUAACAUGGACCUCAUGGUGUCCCAGGUUCGCAGGAGGGUUUUUUUUGUCGUUUAACAAUACUCCAAAAUCAGUGGUCUGUACCUGUGUGGCCACUCUGCAGGGGCUCACCUGGCCGCUAUGGUGCUCUCCACCGACUGGACCCAGUACAGCGUCACACCAAACAUCAAAGGCGCUUUCCUUGUGAGCGGCAUAUACGACCUGCUGCCCAUCCUGCCCACGUACAUCAACGAGCCUCUGAAGAUGACAGAGGAGGUGGCGGUGAGAAACAGCCCCAGCCAGCUGGUCCCUCAUCUCAAACGAUCCUCGUCAGGCUGUCGGAUCGUUGUGGCCAUCGCCCAGAAUGACUCGCCGGAGUUUCGCAAGCAGUCGGAGGAAUACUACAAAACUCUGGAAGCAGCAGGACUGACGGUGACCAUGGAGGAUGUGGCGAACACAGACCAUUUUAGUAUCAUUGAGCAGCUGGUGGAUGGAGACUAUCACCUGACCAAGCUCCUCCUGAAGAUGAUGGGGAAGAGCUGAAGUGUUCAACAAACCUCUGAUCAGUCCCAGUUCACCCACAAUGAGAAAAUAAGUAUUUCUUCAGGGUUUCACUGUGGUAAAUGUUUUUUUUUUUGUCAUUUUGAGAUCAAUCCAGGUGACAUCAGUUGUUCUGAUGGUUUAGUUUACAUUAUUUACAAAUGUUCAAGAAGUCCUAACUAAGCUUUGGAUGUUUGGAACACCGUCGCUUCACUGCACUGUGUCAUGGCAGAAUUCACUUCUCAGGCUCAGUUGCAAACAGAUUUGCUGGACUACUGUGAACGUUGUUGUGAUGACGCAUAAUACCACUGCACAUUAAAUAUUUUUGAGUUGACUGUUACUUUUGACUCAUUUCUGACUGAUUAUUGCUGUUUUUCUUGUUUUUGACAAUCUUCAGUAAAGAGUAAACGUGUAUCAUUUGACAUGAAGGUAGCGUUUUCCCUGACCCUCCUGCUCUCCACUGAGAUCUGACCCGGGGGGAAUCCUGACGUAACACAUGAUGAUGAUGACGAUGAUGAUGAUGAUGGUCUGCAGCUGUUCCUGAUCCUGAUAUAUCAUUGCAGAAUUUUGAUUUCUAAUCAUGAGGUUUUGAAACUGAGAUUAAAAUGAAUCUGCAACAGUGGCACUUUGAUUUGCACUGCACAUUGUAGCAUUGCACAUUGUUUAACAAUAUUUACACCAUGUUCUGCUUGUCAUUACUGAAGAACAUAAUAAAUAUUUAUAUUUA